AGUUGAAAAAGCAAAGCGCUAAAUUCGUGUUCAGGGAGGAGUUUAGAGACGGAUUUCUAAAUGUGCCUACAGCGAUGUAUUACUUACAAUACUAAACAUAUCGAUUAAGAGCGAUAGGGCGCGAACAGCGAGUAGAUUUGCCGUUGGAGUUGGAGUAGUAAAGACGUCCCUCCCUUCAGCUGAAGAAGUGUAGUGGAGAGCAGGGACGGCGAGAUUAGGGCAGUAUAGUUUGGGGGUCUCUGGUAUUUAUUAGCUCGGUGUUUUUCUCUGGAUUUGGAGCAGCAGAUCUACAGGUCCGACAGUUUUUCAAUCUACAUUUACUCACGGCAGUUUUACAACAGUCAUCAUCUGGGAGCUCGGGACAGCGAAGAAGGACGCGCACGUUGUUUGGGAUUUUGAGCUAAUAGGAACAAGAGGAGAGAGAGAGAGCUGAGAAACAGCAUACUUUGACCUCAAUCCUGAACUGCAUACAAGAACUCAUGGGGCUCGGGGAGGCUUCAGCGAGGGGGACGAGCAUGGAGGGAGACUGCCUCAGCUGCAUCAAAUACCUCAUGUUUGUCUUCAACUUUCUUAUCUUUCUUGGCGGCUCCUUCCUGCUUGGCGUUGGGGUUUGGGUGGUGGUGGACCCCACAGGUUUUAGGGAGAUAGUGGCAGCCAACCCCCUUCUGUUCACAGGAGUCUACAUCAUCUUGGCCAUGGGAGGCAUGCUUUUCUUACUGGGGUUCCUGGGCUGCUGCGGAGCCAUACGAGAAAACAAGUGUCUGCUGCUUUUUUUCUUCAUGCUGAUCCUCAUUAUAUUCCUGGCAGAGCUUGCGGCUGCAAUACUUGCCUUCAUCUUUCGGGAACACCUGACCAGAGAAUACUUCACUAAAGAACUGAAGAGUCACUACCAAGGUUACAACAACACGGAUGUCUUUACAUCAACGUGGAACGCCAUUAUGAACACAUUUGACUGCUGUGGAGUGAACAGUCCAGAAGACUUUGAGGAAAGCCUCUUCAGGCUUAUAAACCCCAGUGAAGUGGUGCCCGAGGCAUGCUGCCGUAAAAACAGUCACCCUGGAGAUGUAGUUUUCAGUAACAGGGAGGAAUGCCUCUCGGGCAACAUGCUGUACCGCAACAACAAGGGCUGCUAUUCAUCAGUUGUGGACUACUUUGAGUUGUACAUUUAUGUUGCUGGCGCCCUGGCUAUUGUUGUACUCACAAUUGAGCUCUUUGCAAUGGUCUUUGCCAUGUGUCUGUUCAGGGGGAUCCAGUAGAUCAGUUACACCGAAAUGCUUUUCGAAAAAGGACAACACCAUAAAAUAAGACGACUGAACCACUUGCCAAAAGAAUGUUUUACUUCAUUUUAUAUCUUUAAGAUUAUUAAUAAAAAAAUGAACCAUUGACCUGUACUUCACAGCUGGACCUUUGAGGUACAAGGUAACAAAAAUAAAACAUUGACAAAAAGAACAUUCUUUGAAUACUGCGAAAUGGAAAAUGGGCUUUUUGUUAGAAAGUCCUUGUGUAAUUUUGACCAGGUGUUCAAAAGAUAGCCUGAAAAAAAUGAAGGUGCUGCACUGAUUUUGGAUGAAGAAUAUUUAUACUGAGUAAUGCUGGCUUGUUUGUAUAGGCAUUUGUGCUUUUAGAAAUCGACCAAACCACUUUCCUCUCACCCAACACAUUACCACACUCCUUGAAUGCAAGCUUUCACUAGCACAUUAUAUUAGUGUUGUAUAGUCAUGUGAAUUUCAAUUUUUAUCUAUUCCUCUGUGUGAGUGCAGCAUUUGAGAUCUUUGUGUGUGUCUGUGGAGGGUGGGUAUAUGCCCUCUCCCUGCUUGAAAACCAGCAUCUUUUUUGUAUUGUGAUGUUAAUUGCCAUAGUAAUUAUAUGUGAUUUUAGCUAAAAUUGAUGUGUAUGCAUUUGUAUUGAGUUAUGACUAACAUUAAAGCAAACUUUUGCUCA